GUCCGCUCCCUCCUCUCUCCUCGAAGAUAUCUUCUGCACUGCAUCCGGGCACCGUCUCUCCUCCCUCUGCCAUGCCAAAACCGACCCAGAAAGUCAGCCGAGUGCCGGAGUGAAACUGCACCAGUCCAUUGUAUUUACUGGCUUCCCAUAAAUAAAUGCAAUGCCUCUCCAUGAGCAAGAGCCAACCAAAACCAAGGAACCAACACACAAAGCCCCCCUCCUUUAAUUUGCACCCUCCCCAAAUCUUCCACUGCCCUCUCUCUCUCGUCCUCCGUCCGUCCAUCCAUGAGGAUCAGGAGGCGGCCUCCGGGCCAGCCUCUCGCCUACCUGCUGCCCUCAGAUCCGCCCGCGCCACAGCCACCGCGGGGCGCGUCGGGGGAUCACCAGGACCGCCCAGCCGGGGACAAGAGAGAGGAGGAGGGGUUGCACUUGCACCCGAGCGCGGCCGCGGAUCUCGGGGACGACCGCUCCUCGGCGGCGAGGCGCCCGGCAUUGCUGCCAUUGCUGCCGCAGGACGGUGCGGUGGAACGCGGCAGGGGCCUGGGUGCACAACAACAGGGGCCUGCAGAUGGCCACAGGAGCCUAGAGAAUGGUCGUCACCGAGUGCUGGAGUCUGUGAUGAAGGCCGGAGAGCGUCUCGAUCCCAGCAACGGCGGCGACAGGUUAGCCUUGGCAAUAGUGACAUCAACAACAACAAUGGUCGCGUACGGGACGAAGCCUCAACAGAUGAAGGAUGUCGGCGGCGGCGGCAGCAGCAAGAAGUCGCGGGUCCCGGGUGUGCUGCUGGAGGGGUCACGGUGCAGCCGGAAGAACGGGCGCGGGUGGCGCUGCAGCCAGCCGACGAUGGUGGGCUACGCCCUCUGCCAGUACCACCUCGGCAAGGGCCGGAUGCGGAGCGCGGCGGCGGCGGCCGCCGCGCGCGUCGCCGCUGGGCAGCUCGGCCGCACCGAGAACGGGAAGAGAGGGCCCGCCACCGCCACCGCCGCGCCGCCCAGGGCCGCCGACGUGCCGCCGGCGAGCGUGCAGCACUGGUAGGCGCGCGCACGGCUGCUGGCUGGCGGAGAUCGAUGGGACCGUAAGAUUCUUGGACAUCGUGGUGGGGUUGCACAUAAUCUGGUGGCGACUGAAUUCUUUGUUGCGUUCCCAUUCCCAAACUUGCAAAUGCUGUGGUGCCGUACCCCGUGGGGAAAAGUUUUCGCGGCGGAUUGUGCUCGUCGACUCGUCGUUAUACCGAGCUUAGUUUCUUCCAUGCUCCUUGCAUAUAUGCGUCCGCGAUUGCACCACCAGUUGCAGUAGUAGAGCCUAGAGGUGCACUCCUGCGACUCCGAUCCAUUGCUACUGUGGCUGGUGCAGCUUUCGCUUGCGGUUCCUGGUGCAUCA